AUGGAGCGAUACAAAGUUCCUAUAAGAGUUGUAGACCUUUAUAGCUUUGAAAGCUUAGCGUUAGUAAAAAAAUUCAAACAAGAUUUAGCAGUACUUAUAUAUAAAAUUCAAUAUGCCAUUGAGUGUAAGCUCAAAGAAGGUGAACGUUUGAAAUUAUGGAAUAAAAUACUUCAAAAAAUUAUUAACUAUAUGAAUAAUAAUAAAACACGGUUAAUCGGUAUGAGCCCAGCCCAUGCUAUAACAUUGAAAGAAGUAAUACCUAAAGAAUCUGCCAAAUAUAAAAGGCCUAUUGGAAAGGAUGAAUUGCAAUUACGGAAAGGAACAGCUGUAAG